GUGCGAUUCAGGGAGGCCCAAUUGCCUGGGCUAACCAAAAAGUUCAGAAUCGAGUUAACCGCGACAGCAACUGCAUCAAUCACCGUGAUAUAUUCUACGGGCGGCUGUUUCCACAAUGUCGGCCCCUUUCCUUCGGCAACUCCUUACGCCGGCCCUCCGGAGGCCUGCUCUUCCUCGAUUCAUAGCACCUAAGCCAGUCUUGAAGCCCAUAAUUCCGAGGCGGACAUUCGCGAGCACGACACCACAAUGCGCGACGCUGAUGCAAGUUCUUAGGGGCUGCCGGAAAGCCCAACGAGCUCGCCACGCCGUCUCGCCCGCUCUUGCCAACGCUCGCGCCCCCUGCAUGAAGGGCGUCUGCAUCAAGGUCGGAAUCACGCGGCCCAAGAAGCCCAACUCAGGCGAGCGAAAGACCGCCCGUGUCCGUCUGUCCACAGGUCAAACGAUUACCGCCUAUAUUCCCGGCGAGGGCCACAACAUCCAGCAGCACUCUGUUGUUUUCGUUCGCGGUGGAAGGAGUCAGGAUUGUCCUGGUGUGCGGUAUCAUCUGAUCAGGGGUGCUGGCGACUUGUCCGGUGUCACAGGCCGUAGCUCAAGCAGGAGCAAAUACGGCACCAAGAAGCCGAAGAAGGCGGUUACUUAAGUGAGGGUAGCAUGUAACAAUGGCCGGAAGUUGCUGUUAGGCCAAGUUCGAAAAAGAGUACUGCGGCAUUCAGCCUGCCUGUGUAAUGAACAUCAGUGUAUUAUAUUUCGAACAAUUUGGGGCAAAAUACCAUGUUGUCAAAACAUAUCACCAGGUAUUCCAACACGUUGCUUAGGCUCAAUCCCGUGAAGAAUAGGAUCCAUUUGGAAAAUGCAACGUGAGUAUACGGUCCGUCUCCCUCAGAACCAUAUCAACGGAUAUCUAAAUUCCAUCCAAAUACGUCUCGUGUCCCAGUGCCCUCAAGCGCCC